GGUAGCACGCAUGCACACACACACUCACUAGGGGGGGCUUUGGCGACCAGGAAAAUCCGCCCCCCCCCGGACUGAUCCCUCCCCUUUUCUCCUUGUGUUUGCAAAAGGCCGCUGUGCAACCUGUGGAUUUUUUCAAAUUAUUUUUGCAAAAUGUGCGGGCCCCAGAGCAGGGAUGUAGGUUUCAGUGGAGGCCCUGCGCUAGAUCCACACCCCCUUCCCAUGGUUUUGGGGUAGCAGGUAUCUCCCAGGCCCUGGGAGGACCCCGAGGACGCCCCGCCAUGAGCUAGGGCGGAGGGGCCGCCUUCCCCGCGUCCUUGCCAUGAGAGCGUGAUGGAUCAGAACACCUUCUCCCACAUCCAGCUAUGGUGCCCGCGGCCCUUCGGCACCUACUCGCAGAACAAGCAGCGCACCGCCGGCCAGGUGAGGAAGGCCUUUGGGGACUUCGCCUGCAAGGCCAAGGAGGAGGGGGCGGGCGGCGGCGAGGCCAGCUCGGAGAACACGCCGCCGGCCCCCCCGCCACCGCCCCCGGCCGCCCCCCCCAGUGCCGGCCCGGUGGAGGAGGGCCGGGUGCUGCUGGACACGUGGUACGUGAUCAAGCCGGGCAACACCAAGGAGAAGAUCGCCUUCUUCGUGGCGCACCAGUGCGGCGGGGGCGGCGGCGGCCGGGCCGGCACCAUGAAGGUCAAAGGCAACUGGGACAGCGAGAGCUCCAAGGCCAAGCGGCGGCGGCGCUCCCACGACCCCGGCAAGGGCAAGGCCUGCCCGGGCAAGCGGAAGGAUGGCGGUGGCCGGGAGGCCGAGGACGUGUGCCUGUGCCCCGAGUCCCACGCCGCUGACCCGGCCGGGGGCGACGCCUCCGACCUGCUCUCCGUGGCCGAGAUGGUGGCCCUGGUGGAGCAGCGGACGGCGCUGGCGCUGCAGAGCUGCUCGCGGCCGGGCCCGCCGGCCGGGCCGCCGGCCCCCGUGGUGUUCGUGUCCGCGGAGCAAGAGCAGGCGGAGGGCGGGGAGAGGAAGGCGGCCCCCGCGGGGGGCGGCCCGGACUGCAGCCGGGUGGCCGAGGCCGUGGCCCACUUCGAGUCCCGGGAGCGGGGCGUCCUGCGGCAGAACGGCCUCUGCCGGGAGUCGCCCGAGUGCGUGGCCAACUCGCAGCACAGCCCCGGCGAGGUGCGCAUCGCCUUCCGCAUCUCCAGCAGCCGGGACCCCCGCUCGCCCCCCGAGGGCGGCUCCGGCGCCCGCCCCAACUGCAUGUUCAUGAGCUGCGGGGGGUCGCCCACGGGCGGCGCGGCCCGGACCAAAGACAAGAUCACGUGCGACCUCUACCAGCUCAUCAGCCCCUCCCGUGACACCCUCCCCACCAACGUGGACUUCCUGCUGGCAAGCGCCUCCCCCAGGGGGGCCGAGGGGUCCGGCCCCGAGGCCCCAGACGUGGAGAUGACUUGCGGAGAGGGCCAGGGCGGCUCCGGCAAACUGGACGCCAUCCCGGAAGGCGGCAGGGUGGGCGCGGAGAAGGUGGCGGGCCCCGCCCCCACGAUGCCCCGGGACUGCGUCUCCGGCUUCCACGUGGACGUGGUGGUCACGGGCGUGGUGGACCAGUGCGUCUUCUUCGGCAAGGACAGCACCAAGAACAUGAAGGAGGAGACGGUCUGCUUGACCGUGGGGUCCCCCACGCAGGAGGGGCUGUGCGCCUCCUGCGAUGACCCCCCGCCGGGGCAGCUCUUCUUCCUGCACACCCAGAUGCCCCGGCCGGAGGACAGCCAGGACACGGACAGCCCCUUCCUGGACCCCGCAAACGGCGGCGAGGGGGGCCUCGAGAGGACCGAUGGGCCGGGGCUGGAGCCGGCGGCCUCGGACACCUCGCUCUGCCGCCUCUACCGCCACGUCUCCCACGACUUCCUGGAGAUCCGCUUCAAGAUCCAGCGCCUGCUGGAGCCCCGCCAGUACAUGCUGCUGCUCCCGGACCACAUCAUGGUCAAGAUCUUCGGCUACCUGCCCACCCGCUCACUGGCCGCCUUAAAGUGCUCCUGCCACUACUUCAAGUACAUCAUCGAGACCUUCGGGGUGCAGGCCACGGACUCCAGGUGGAACAGGGACCCCCUGUACCGCGACGACCCCUGCAAGCAGUGCAAGAAGCACUACGAGAAGGGGGACGUCUCGCUCUGCCGCUGGCACCCCAAGCCCUACCAUCACGACCUGCCUUACGGACGCUCCUACUGGAUGUGCUGCCGGCGCACGGACAAGGACACGCCCGGCUGCCGCGUGGGACUGCACGACAACAACUGGGUGCAGCCGUGCGACAUGCUGCGCGAGAGGGCGGCCCGGAGGGAGGACGGGAGGUGAGGGGUGGGCCCCCGGGAGGGGGUCCCCGCAGGGACGCGCCCCUCUUCCCCCGCCCCCUUCCUCUCACCGCCUCUCUCGGGCCGCCUCCGGAGCAGGAGGGUGCGGUGUGUGCGUGUGUUUUACAAGGACUCCGUUGUGUUGAGGUUCUUUUCUUGUUUGGUUGGGUUUUUAAAAAAGAAUUGCUUGAUUGUGUUUGCCAGUUUGGGUUUGGUUUCUUUUCUCCCCCGGCCCCAGCCUCAAGCUACAGAAGGAGAUUUAAGCGGGGGGAGCCCAUGGAUGGAGGGGGGGGGGAGAAAAUAUAUGUACAAAGAGCCACAGGGUCCCUUGAAUAAAAUUCUCAGUGGCAGGCACCUCCCGGCUCUUGCCUUUUAUGCAACUCGCCAUGUUUGAAGGGGGUCAUGCAGCAUUUCUGGACUUGGGACCAGAAAUUAGGCUGUGUGUUUUCGCAAGCAUCCCCGACGCGGCCUCCUGCCAUGAGGUGCAGAGCAAAGAGAGGAGGCGGAUCUCUUGAAGGACCCCCCCCCCCUUUGAAAAUCUCAACGGGGAUGAGCUGAUGCCACAGGCCUGGAGACGGAGGAAGAGGAGUUAAAACAAUUCUGUGCUGGCCCGGGGCUUUUUUCAAACCGGCUUCAUUCUCGAGGCUGCCGCCAGAGGCUUCCCUUUCGUGGCCAGUUGCAAAUGUACAGAGCAGGCCUGUAGCUCCACUUUUCCCAGGCUGGGGGGACUUCAGCUCCCAGAUGCUAGAGUCCAGCACGUAGGAGACCAGCAGGUUGAGCGAAUGACCCUUUGCUUCUCGUCCCCUUCCCCCUCCACAGGGCAGGUGGACCCCCAUCUGAGCCCCCUUCCUGAAUGUCGUCCCCACCUCUUCAUCGUGGCUGCAUGCGGCUCCUUUCCUCCAGCUUUCCCACACUGCUCCACCGCCUGAGUUCGGCUGCCCUCCCUGAUCCCACGGUCUCGCAUAUGAAAUCCCCCUUUGACUGCCUUGCUUUUUCGUCCCUGUGUCUUUUCCCAGGUCUGUACUCUGCUUCUGGGUCACACCUGAUAACGUGUCAGGGCCCUGGGAAGGCCACUGCGGCCUCUGCCCAAGGGCGAUGAAGCCGGACCUCUGUGGUCCCUGCAAACUUUACCUAACCGACAAACGUGGGGAUGGGGGCAAGGGGGAGAGUGGCUUUAAGAGCUCACCUUUGCAGCACGGGGAUGCUUUUCAGUCCCAGAGACCUGCUUGUGAGCUGCAGAAACAAAAAUGAAAGGCAGUUGUCUCAGCGAUACUCAGGACUUUAACUGAAACUUCCAGAGCGAGAAUUACUGGCUCUUGAGCAUAUCCGGUCAGGAGACAGUUUAACGGUAUCUCGUUGGCUGUCCUCUCGCAACCCCCCCACUGAGGGGGUACCUCAUCUGGUUGCCACCUCACCGCAUCCAGUUGCCUUGCGGGUGGCUCCCGUCACCAGCAGCUUGCUUUGCCGAGCUGUCUAACCUAGUGGUUAGAGCAGGGAGGCAGGCAGCCCAGGUCAAACAGCUGCGAUGUUUAGCUUGAGAAGGGAGUGCCUAUCGAAUAGCUUCCUCGCAAGGCGUUUUGCUGCCUGGACUCGCAGCUGGCUCCUCGCUCCUUGUUUUCAUGUGCACGGCUUGUCCUUGGGCCAUGAACUCCUCGGUCGUAAGGGUUCCAGGUGCACGGAGGGGCGUGCGGGGUGGGGAAAACAUUCCAGCGGCUGGGCAGCUUCCCCCCAGCCAAAGGGCUCGUGCCCAAGCCGUGCCUGCGUUGCGCCACCUCACCUCGUCCCCGGCCGUCCCCGGCUGCCAUUUUAAUUUGGGGCAGCCAGCUGUUGGCUCUUGGUCUGAGGCGGGGGCCAGGAGAGGCACACGAGAUGUCGUGGUACCCAGUUUUGCUCUUCCCUGGGUAUUUUUGAAAGAAUGGCUCCCUUUUUAGACAUCUCUCCUCCUCUGUCUCAAUCCAGGAGGACCCACUGCUGUGUGUGAGAUUUGACUACUGCUGGGUUUAUUGUGCCCCCCACAUGAGGCCCAGAAUGAGAGGUUAUCUUUGUGAGCUACGUGGGGGGGGGGAUCCCUGAUGGUCAAGCCCCUGCCUGACCCACAACCCUUCUCCCCCAACACUGAGAGCAGAACCUUUGCUUAGCUCAGCCUUUCUCCAGCCUGGCACCCUCCGGACAUACAGGGACUACAACUCCCAUUACCAUCCCCAGACUGCAACGGAUGAUGGGACUUUCGGUACCGGCGCGUCCAGAGGAUGCUUGGCUGGUUGUGUGGGCAAGCGGAGGACAGGAUAGGAGGUUCUGCUCUGCUCCCCACUCUGAAAAGGGAUGGGGCCACUUUGGUCCCACCCGGUCCUUCCGCUAAGGCCUCGGCUGGCUUCCCUCUCCUCUCCUCUCCUCUCCUCUCCUCUCCGUCCGAAGCGGCGCAGCUCCUGUGCCUUUCACAGGGAAAAGAUGGCCAGAACCAUAUCCAGAGAAGAUGCUUGGGGUCCUGCUGGGCCUUCGCAGCAUCCUUUCGCUUCCCCGGGCUGCAUCCUUGCCUUCUCAGCGGGCAGCCCUGGGGUGCCUUCUCUGCAGGGCUGCCUUUGAGAGCCAUCGGACCAACUCCCCCCUUGCCCCACCCCUGGGUGGGGUGGGGGCUUCAGGGGUCGUUCCCUGCCACAUCCCUCGUGCACAGGAUCCCCCCCGCCUGACUGGAGCGUUUGCAGCCCGCGCGAGCACCUCACGCUUUCUCGGAGUCGGCCCACCCGUGUCACUGGUGGCAACGUGGAAUGCCCCCCCUCGCCCCGCCCUGUACACUAUUUAUAUGUCUCUGUAUAUGUGUGGCAUUUUCCAAUGAACUGUUGAGUGGAGAAAAAUAAUAAAACGGCAGGAAAAAUGCAA